AUGGUGAAGCAGCUGUUUCCGGAGGCACGUUGCCAAAACUGGCCACCAACUGCUGUGCAGCCUAUGUGGAAAACAGUAUGGGAGACAAACAGUUCUUGUCUGCGAGAAGGUGUUUUCAGGACUACAUGUGAUGAGCGACUAAUUGACGCAUUGCCCCUUGAGAGUCACAAUGCAAGAGUUGCUUUUCUUACCCCUAAAAAUGUUACACCUGAGAAGAUGUCAUGUGUGGUCCAUCUUGCAGGCACUGGUGAUCACACAUUUGAGCGCAGGCUUCGGCUCGGUGGGCCUCUUCUUAAGAACAAUAUUGCAACUAUGGUUCUUGAGAGCCCCUAUUAUGGACAGCGACGUCCUAGCAUGCAGCGUGGUGCGAAGCUCCAGUGUGUCAGUGACCUGUUACUUUUAGGGAAAGCCACAAUUGAUGAAGCUCGCAGUCUCCUUUACUGGCUGCAGACUGAGGCUGGUUACAGCAAGAUGGGCGUAUGUGGGCUCAGCAUGGGUGGAGUACAUGCUGCAAUGGUGGGAUCCCUGCAUCCUACACCAAUUGCCACACUGCCAUUUCUCGCUCCACACUCUGCUGUGGUACCUUUCUGUGAAGGGGUCUACAAAUACGCCACAGCUUGGGAUGUUUUGAGAGAAGAUGCUGCAGCAUUAACUCAAGAUGUAACAUCUUUGGCAGAAGAUGCUGCACAGAAAACUGGGAUUACUAUCGAACAAGUCAGAGAUAGGUUGCGGUCAGUGUUGUCUUUGACUGAUGUCACUCGAUUCCCAGUCCCAAAGAACCCACAGGCGGUCAUCUUUGUUGGUGCAACGGAUGACGGUUAUAUUCCCAGACAUUCAGUCAUGGAGCUCCAGAAGGCAUGGCCAGGUUCAGAAGUCCGGUGGGUAACAGGCGGCCAUGUUUCCUCUUUUUUCCUCCACAAUGACGCAUUUCGCAAGGCCAUCAUCGACGCCCUUGAUAGAUUGUAA